CAAGCCAGCGCCAUGUUGGAUCAGUUUGAAAGCGAGCGCGGGCGUUGCGCUCCGCUGUGACGGCGGAGCAGGCAUCGAGCAAGCGAGCCUGAGGCGGGGCGGUGUCUGGGUUGGAGAUGCUUUGUCGCGUCUUCCGUCAGGUAACAGACGUGGACUUUGGUGGAGAGUUGUGGGACGUGUGCGUUUCCAUCUCUUUUGGCGACUUGGUCGGUGAGUUAGGCUCGAAAAGCGGGUGUAUUUUCAGGAAGCGUCCCAUCUUUUGACAGCCCAUGGGAAAGGCUAGAAAAAGAGUGGCGCGGAGGGAAGAGGAAGAUGCCUCCUGAGGGAAGGCGCGAGUGGACAUUCCCCUAGGAAUAGAACACCUUUAUCGGGAGGCUCCCGAGUGGGGAAGGCCCCUGAACGAGACCAAGGGGACUUGACGUGGGCCUCUGAGACUCGAGGCGUCAAUUGAAGAGGGCGGGGCGGAAAGGGGAUUGGGUUUAGGGGCUGUCCCCUCGGAAAAACUCGUCCGCCCACGGGGGAGCUCACGCUUGCUGCCUAAUAAAUGGUUUCUGGAUGGAAGUACCUAAGUGAAGCCUGUGUCUGUGACUGCCGGGGAUGCUGGAAUCCCGAAGGGUGGGUGUUUCCUAGGUAAGGGCGGAAGGGUUGAACCCUAACGCAUCGGGUGGGAAAGAGAUGCUCUCGUGCGGGGGUGCCAGCGAUUUUCGCUUUCCGGGUUCACGAAUUCUUGUUUUUUUGCUGUUGAAUAAGCAAAUGUUAGGCUUCAAAACAUAAAUCACAGAGCUGUUGUUUCUAGGAAGUUGUUCAUUUCCUGUGAGCUGUACCCAUUGUUUAUUUAACACUGAACAUUCUGUUUUUGAAUCAAAGGUGGUUGAAAUUUUUUGCCAUUCGUUUAACAUUUUAUUCUUCGAAAUGAUGGAUUUCCUUUUGGUGAUAGGAACAGAAGUGUUUACGGAACAAAUGUUUUUAAGAGAAAUGAAUAGAAAUAACCCAUUUUGAGGAAGCCAUGGCAAAAUCAAUUACAAAACACAGAGUUUGUUCUCGGCAAUCUUCAGUAUCUUCUCUGUUAGCAAGCUGCAACCUGAGUGGUAGUAAUUCCUCUAACUCUGAUGGCUCUUUUCAGUAUAAGGAUAAACUGUAUAGUUCUGCAUCUCAGGCUCUACAGGCCUAUAUUGAUGAUUUUGAUUUAAGCCAAAUGUAUCCUGGUGCAAGCACUGGAAAGAUUAACAUUGAUAGAUGUUCUGCUAAUAUGCCAGAAUUCUCCAACUAUAUUUAUAAACCAAACAAUGCUUUUGAAAAUCUUGAUCCCAAAAAAAGCUCUUCCUCUUUAUCCUGUAGAAGAAAGACUGUUAAUGACAUAGACUCCAUUAGUCUAACAACUGAUGAUCUGUUAAAACUUCCGGCAGAUGGAUCAUUUUCUUUAACUUGCAUUGGAUCAAGUCACCGAAUUAGCAAGAAAAACAAGAAAUGCAUUCGAAGACUGAGUUCAUCUGAUACUGAAAAGAAUAAAAAUUUUCAACAACCUUCCACUCCCAUGUGCAAAGAUAACUUAGUCACUCCUGUUGUAUACACAAAUAUAAAUGGAAAGCAACGUGGUAGACUAAAAAACCCAAAACUUGUGAAUAAGACUAAUAAGUGCGUUUCUGAACCAUCUCUAUCAUUUUCCAAGAAGUUGUCUUUCAAAGACAGUUCAGAACACAGUCUUGAAAAGAAUUACCCAAGAUGGCUCACUAGCCAGAAAUCUGACCUUAAUGUUUCAGGAAUAACUAGUCUACCUGAUUUCACAUACCCAGUCUGGCUCCACCAUCAAGACUUGCUACCUGAUACAAAUAGUCAAAGGAUUUCUAAAAUAUUUAAAGAAGAUCAGUGUUCCCCUAGACAUUGUUACCAGUCACAAAGAACUUCUCGACUUAUGAAUAAAGUAGAUAGUUUUGAAUAUUCUUUUGAACCCUCAAACAUUUCAGACUCCUUGAGUGAUGAUAAAGGAUUAGUUAAUGAAUAUAAAUGUGAUUCUGAACAUAGCCAGUGUCAGUGUGAGAAUCCAGUUCUCCCAGGACAAACCAAAAAGCCAUUCAGUGGUGACAAAAUUGAAUUGCUUAUCCUGAAGGCCAAGAGAAAUCUAGAGCAUUGUUCUAAAGAGUUACCGAAGUCUACAAAAAAGGAUGAUAGUCCUUGUUCAUUAGAUAAACUUGAAGCAGAAAGAUCAUGGGAAAAUAUUCCUGUUACUUUCAAAUCUCCUGUUCCUGUUAACUCUGAUGAUAGUCCUCAACAAACUUCAAAAGCAAAGUGUGCUAAAGGGUUCCUUGAAGAUUUUUUAAAUAAUGAUAAUCAGAGCUGUACCCUUUCUGGAGGGAAACAUCAUGGUCCUGUUGAAGCCCUGAAACAAAUGUUAUUUAAUCUUCAAGCAGUACAAGAAAGUUUUAAUCAGAAUAAAACAGAACUGAAAGAGGACAUUAAGCAAGUUUCAGAAGACAGUUUCUCUAAAUUACAGUUGAAAGAGAGUAUGGUUCCUAUUACUAGGUCACUUCAAAAGGCUUUGCACCAUUUAUCUCGCCUGAGAGACCUGGUUGAUGAUACCAGUGGGAAACAGUCACCGAAAAUGUGAAGAGGAAAAUAAAACAGUCCAACCAAUAAAUAGUCAUCACAGAACAGAGAUGAAUUUUUUUUCCUAUUGCUUAAACUGACAAAGAAAUUAUAAGCCAUACAUUAUUCUGUGAUUGGUUCAAGUAUUAUAUAUUUUUUUAAAAAACAAACUUGAAAAUGUGCAUAGGUUUUGUGACCUAUCCUCAUUUUAUGCCAAAAUACCAGAAUGUGAACUGGAAGGACCCACACUGUGUCCUACAGUCUGACUUUGGUCUUCAGGCCAGCAAAUGUCCAAUAUUCGAAGAUGGAUGAUGUCCGUUAUUGAAGCUUACAUGGACUUAAUCUUCUUGAGCGUCCUCAUCAUUUUAUCAUCUGGUUCUGGAUUAUUAAGAAACUCUUCCUGGUUUCUAUCCAAAAUCUCUUUAGACUUUUUGAUACAAGUAUCAUCUACUUUUAAAUAGGCUAAAGGAAUAUCAAAAUGGUUAUGGUAUAUCUUAUCCAUAUAUAAGUAUGUUACUUUUAAUUUUUUAAAUAUUUAAGAUAUGUUGUAUUUGCAAAUAGCAUUAAUUUAAUAAUGGGAUGAUACAGUGCUAAAAGGAAUGUUUUAUGCUGUGAAAUCCAAGAGAAAAACUCAUUUAAUUAAUGCUUUGAUUUUGAAUCUGUGUAAGAUAAUCUUGGUAUCUCUUGACAGUUUACAAAACAUUUUUUGGGAGUAUAUUUGAGAAUUUAAUAUUUUGAUAUUUCCCAGAUUUUAGUUUUGAGGUUAGCUCAAACCUGUAAAAAUUAUGAUAUCAGUGACCAAUUGCUUUAUGCAGUUUGUUAAGUAAACUUAAAAUGAAUGUGGAAAAUCCAGAAGCAGCUGUGUAUUAUAAAGCUAUUUUGUAAGAGCUGAACUUUCUUUAAAGCAAUCUGUAAAGUUUGUCUCUAGCUGGAACUUGGCAGAGCUCUAUGAUUUUGCAUUUUCUACCAAGUAAACUUCUAAUAAGCAAGAAAGCAUCUUUACCAACAAAACUAGGAAUUAAAUCAUAAAGCAUAUUUUAAAAGCCUGAUGAAAGAAUAUGAGUGUUAUGUAUACAAACAGUACAAAUUGCAGCAUCUUCAUUAGGUAGCUUUAGUGUCAAAAAAAAUUUCUAAGUACAUUGUGUUGAAGAAUUUUUUUUCCUUCAAGUUUAAAGCACUAUAUAAGACCUUUGUUAUAGAUCUUACAUGUCAAAAACUAUAGUGUGAACCCUGUCAUUUUUUUCUUGGCCAGUGAGUCAGAGUUACCACCAUACAGUUGUUUUUGCCCAGUUUGAGAGUGACUUGCCAUUAAGUGUGUUCUGUUUACUCUGUGGAGGUAUUUCUACUACGGACAUUCUAUUUUCUGAUUAUUGUCUUCUUCAAAACAUAUAGUUUGCAUAUAGUCAAACAAGGCAUUACUUUGAUGAUGAAAGUUAUGGCUGGCUGUUAAAAAUGCAGAUUUUAAGUGGGUGUACAUGAGGUGGGUCUGGGUUGAUCAUGUUCCAGGCUUAACCAAAUCCACUGUUAAAUUCUGUAGAAAGCAGAGAAGAUGAAUACAUCAGAUAAUAAACUUCUAAUUGCACAUAUGUUGAUCAGACCUAGUAUUUAGUAUGCCCAAAAAGCAUUUCUAAAGGGAUUGUACUAUAAUGGCUGAACAGCACUGAUUUGGUUAGUGCUGUCAUUUGCAAGAAAAUAUCUCCAAUGCUAAGUAAGAUAAGCCUUCUAAAUUUUUAUAUUAUAACUAAUAUUUUAAGAAACUUGAUUAUACUUACUAAAGAAGUAUUUUUCCUCUUGUGUCAAAUAUGGAAGCUAAUCAUUUACCUAAAAAGGGAAUUAGCUUUAUUAAAAUAAUUCCAAUUAAAAAAAACAUAUAGGAGAGUCAACUAUAGAUGUUCAUGAAAUUCUCUAAACAAUUGAUAUAAUUACAUGUUAAAUAUUUCAGUAUUUUUUAUUGUGAGUUUUCCAGGGGGAAAAAGGGUGACAACAGUAUUGAGAUUGCUGAGUUGGAAAUUAAAAGCAGACAAUGGGAACAAUUAUAGGUUUUAAAAAUUGCAGUGAGAAUAUAUAUGUUUAUCAACCCCUUUCUUUUAGGUAUGUUUAAAAGUAUAGGUAGAAAAGGAAUUUUGAAAAGACAUUUCAGAUUUUUAGUUGACUAUGAAAAAAAUUUAACAAACCUACUUCCGAAUUUUUUUUUGAGAUCGAAGGAUAAAGGUGUGAUGAGUAUAUGAAGACUCAAAACUCAACUUUAUGUUCUUCAUUAUCAGGAAUUUUACUUUCAGUAUUUCUGUGUUAGCACAUUUCAGCUUCAUAGAGAUUUCUGACCAAAUCGAGGAACACUAUCUUGGGUUUGUUUGGGUUAUAUGUCUUUCUAGUUUUGUUAUUUCUUGAAGUUUAUAAAUGUGGUUUUUUUUUUUUUUUUUUUUGGUGUUACAUUGAAUGUUUAGGAUAACAUCUUAUUAAAGUACAUAGAGUUCUACCAAAAUAUUUUUUAAAGAUAAAUCAUGACAAGAUUAACCCACCCUUUGUUUAGAAUACAUAGAAUCACUCAUGGAUUUGAAUUUUUGUUUCAUCUUUCCUUUUCCAAUGUUAACUGUGUCUCAAAACCUGUUUGGUGGAAGUGCUAUGGAGACUUGAACUUGUCAAAAGGCAAGUAUCGUGAAAAGAGACCAAAGAAGCAAAAGGCUAAUAAAGUUGAUAAUUUCUGAGCAACUGAAGUUUCUUCAAAUGUGAAAGACUAUCAUUCUAUUCCACGUAUUGAUUGGAUGUUUUAUACAUGGUUAUGUGUCCUAUUGUGUUGUAGUGCCUAUCACAUAAUGGUUGGGACGACUUAGGCCUAAACCUGAACGUAUAUUCAGGUUAUAUUGUUACAUUUUUUCCCCACAACAUUUGAAAUGAUUCCUUUCCUAUUUCUCUGUUUUCUUUCUUCUUUAUUUUCACCUGUGACUAAGAUCAUUUUCCUUUUUUGAACAAAAAUAUCUUUGCUUUUUACCCUCCCAGUUCUGCAUUGUCCUUACUCUAGACCAGACUUGUAUAACAGCUUUUCUCACAUUAUAGCAACUUUUCUAACAAUGUAACAAAUAUAACAACUUUUACCCAUCAUUACCUUAACUAAGAGGAGUCUGGCCUCCUAAUACCUAUUUCAACCUUAAACAUUCCUUCCCCUGACUUUCAGCCCUUGCAUUGAAGAUAGGCUGACUGGUCUUUGUAAGACCCUGUUGUAACACCACCAUUAUAGCAUUACUAAUUUAUUUCAGAAAUUUACUGUGGUUAAAUUGCUUUACUCAUUCUCCCAGACUUCCUAUGUAUAUUCUCACCUUUGUGCAUAUUAUUUCCUAUACUUGAAACAGUUUUCUUUCAUACUGGUUAUGUAAAGCUUACUCUACCAUUUUUUUUAAAGUUCUGACCGAAUGUUGUACUUUCUUUUCCACAUAUUCUAACAUUUUUUCCAGACUUGAUUGUUUGGCUUUCCUUUUUCCUUACCCAUCACUCAUUUAGCUAUUAUAUUUCUUGUUCUUGUAUUGAAUAGUGUCUCUUUACCACAUUGUAUCUCCAGGGGAGAAAAUGUUUCAAAAGUUACAGGAUUGAUUUUUAUCUCCUUUAUGACAGCAUCUCUUACAUUACAUUGUAUAACACCUCUUACAUUACAUUGUAUAACCAGGAACAACAUGUAAACUUAAAAUGACUGAUGAUUGUAAGCCUAGUUCUCUCUCUAAGAUUGUAGGCUCAAGAAAGGAGAAACCAUAUUUUUUAAAAUUUAUGUAAUGUUCUGCAAAUCCUUAAAAUGAAGUAAAUUAAACCUAUUUUUCGACGUUGCUGCCACUAUUUAUCAAAUAGGAUCAACAUAUGUGUACGUAUUUUGGAUGACAUCUAUAAACCUUCUAACC